CCGUUCACCCGCGAAGGCAAGCAUCAUUACACCUUUUCGGGUGAUGCUUCUCCAUUUCAGCUAUUUCGUGUAUUUCAUAUAAAUAAGCGAUUAAGCCGUUGAAGUGGCAUAAAUCAACUUGUGCUACUGUGCAGUAAACAACAAUCACUAAAAAUGAAAUUCUUCGUCGCUAUUUCCUUUGCCUUGUUGGCCUGCGCCGCCGCUGAUGUCUCGCACUUGCAAAGUGGUUACGAUUACCCCGCACCCGUGCAUGAGGAGGUCAAAUCGGAGCCAAUCGCACCGCAAAACACUUAUGUGCCACCACCACCAGCUCCAGCACCAGUAGCACCACAAAACACUUAUGUACCACCACCACCUGCCCCAGCAGUAGCACCACAAAACACCUACAUUCCCCCAGCAGCCCCAGCUCCAGCUCCAGUAGCUCCAAUCCACGAGGAAAUCAGAUCAGAACCAAUUGCCCCUGCACCAGCCGCACCAGCUCCAGAGCCAGCUUAUAUUCCACCAGCAGCUGCAGCUCCAGCUCCAGAGCCAUCUGCCUCCCUCGAUGCUGAUGGUUACCACUACAAGACCGUUCGCCGUGUCGUCUACAGACAUCGCGUUUAAGUAAAAUAAACGAUUUUGGAAUUCAUCAUGUACCUGAGACCGCAAAUAAAAUGAUUUUAAUACGGAAAUAA